AUGACCGUCGACACUCCCUAUGAUAUCAUGAUCGUUGGUGCCGGCAUCUUCGGUGUCAGUACAGCCUACCACCUCUCGCUCCAAUCGCCGCAUCUGAGCAUCCUCCUCCUCGAUCGCAGUCCGGCCCCUCCAUCUCCUGCGGCAUCGACCGACCUGAACAAGAUCAUUCGCGCCGACUACUCUAACCCUCUCUACAUGACACUCGGCUUCGAGGCCAUCGACGCGUGGAAAUCCCUCCCCAGCUUCCAAGCAGCCGGAGUCCACCACCCCUCCGGCUGGAUCUGCAUGGACGAGAAAGACAGCGACAGCGCCAUCCGCAUCCGCCAGAACUUCCACCGCGCCGGUCGCGACGACUGUGUCGUCGACAUGACGAAGGAGGAGGUCCGUCAAGCCUGGGGUGGGCUGCUGCAACAGACCGAUUACUCGCCGUUUGCGACCUACUACUUCAACCCCUCGGCGGGCUGGGCCGACGCCGGCCAGGCGCUGCAGAUCUUGACGCAGGAGGCCGUGCAACGUGGCGUCCGAUUUGAAACCGGCGAGGCGCGGCGCAUCACGCGGGACGAUGGCUGCGGCGGUGCGCUCGGGGUGAAGACGGCGGACGGAACAGUCUAUACGGCCAACAAGAUUGUUCUGGCGACCGGUGCAUGGACGAGCCAGCUCAUGUCGUCCAUCGAGGAUGAGCUGGAUCUCCCGGACGCAGAUCGCGUCGAGCGACAGAUCACCGCUGCAGGGGUGUGUGUGUCACAUUUCCAGCUGUCGCCCGCCGAACAGGAGCGCUACGCUCAGCUGCCCGUGUUUGUCUAUGGUGAGCAGGGCGAGGUGAUCCCCCCCACGGCAGACGGAAUUCUCAAGUUCACGUCCGCUUCCUCCUUCACGAAUACCAUCCGGACUGCAUCGGGACAUGAAAUCUCCGUGCCGGUGGCCGAUCAGUUGCAGGUCCCGCAGAAGUUGCAGGAGGCGCACAUGAGGGAAAUUCGACCCCGACUGCCCGAACUGCUGGAACACGGACGUCGACAACCCGAGUGGUAUCGUCUAUGCUGGGAUGCCAUCUCCCCCAGCCAGCAUCCGUUGAUUACUCCGCAUCCCGACCCUCGGUUGGCGAAUCUCUAUCUCGCCGUUGGCGGCUCCUUUCACAGCUACAAGUUUCUUCCCACGAUCGGGCGGUAUGUUGUCAAUGUACUGCAAGGGGUGAGCAAUGGGCCCGAAAAAGACGCGGCGUGGGCGUGGAAGACGAUCCAACCGGCCGAGAAGGGGGUGCACGAGAAAUUAAUUCCCACGACGGAAUUCCGCGACUUAAUUUGA